UAUUAUACUGUCCAAGCUUGUAAAGUUCACCAAUCACCGUACUUUUGUAAAUGACUAAAGUGUGAACCCCUAUCAAAUAUACAAAAUAAAUCUAAUGGGGACGUUAGCAAAAACACAGGUUUUUUGGUACCUAAGAGACAAGGUGAUUGGCUUUCGAGCACGCGCAAUACGUAACGAUAGGCUCCCCCUCCCCGAAUCCUCCAAGCGUCAGGAGUUGUUUCCCCCUGCUGGUCGGAACUGAGUAAGGCAACGCAAGGAGAGAAAUUUUCUAGGGGCGUGUCAGCUGGUGGAUGACGUAAGACCGGGCGUCAGGAGAAAGGAGGUUCUGAUGCGUCAGUGGCGCGCGCCGUGGGAAAGCUGGCAAGCCUCAUGGCUGCAGGUAGUUCAGAGGCUCCGCGGCCGAAGGCGGCCUCUGAGGGGCCGGGGGUGGGACCGGCCGGCGCCCUGCCUUGCCUCGAGCUGCCGACCUACGCUGCCGCUUGCGCCCUGGUGAACAGCCGCUACUCCUGCCUGGUGGCGGGGCCGCACCGAAGGCACAUCGCGCUGUCGCCGCGCUACCUUCACCGGAAACGCACGGGUAUCAGAGAACAGCUCGACGCUGAGCUCCUGCGCUAUUCUGAGAGCCUUUUAGGUGUCCCCAUUGCAUAUGAUAAUAUCAAAGUAGUAGGCGAACUGGGAGAUAUUUAUGAUGAUCAAGGACACAUUCAUCUUAACAUUGAAGCGGAUUUUGUUAUUUUCUGCCCUGAACCAGGACAAAAGCUUAUGGGUACGGUUAAUAAAGUGUCUUCCAGCCACAUUGGCUGUUUAGUACAUGGGUGUUUCAAUGCCUCCAUCCCUAAACCUGAGCAGAUGCCAGCUGAGCAGUGGCAGACCCUGGAGAUAAACAUGGGUGAUGAACUAGAAUUUGAAGUAUUUCGUUUAGACUCAGAUGCUGCUGGAGUUUUCUGCAUUCGGGGAAAACUAAAUGUCACUAGUGUACAAACCAAGUGUUCUGUACCUGCUGAAGAAGUAACGGAAACUGGUACCGAAGAAGCUGUUGGAAAACCUCCAAAGAAGAAAAAGAAGAAGAAGAAAGCCCCAGAGCCAUGUGAAGCGGAAGGUGGUAGCACAGCUGGUGUUUCAGAUGUCACCAUGAAGGAAGAAUCAGAUCUGCAGAGUAAUGAUAAUGUGAAUGGCCUCUGGGAGGAGGAGCCGAGGAAGAAGAGGAAGAAGAAGAAGAAGCAGGACGAGCAGGAUCCUGUUUUCCAUGGCAGUGACUCCAGUGGCUACCAGAGUGACCAUAAAAAGAAAAGAAGGCACCGUGAGGAGGCUGAACUUACCCCCCUGGUGGAACGCUCCCAUAAAAGAAAAGGGAAAAGUAAUUUUCUUCAGUGCAUUUUAAAUAUGGUUCCAUUUUUAAAAGAUUGAUUUACAUACAACAGAUGAAUAAAUAUUUGAAUGCUAUGAAAUGCUUAUACUUUUUAGUAGUUUGCAAAACAGGAAACAUUGAUAGGGAGUUGAGUCUUUGGUGCUAAAAUUAUAAAACUGGUAAUCUGGGAAAUACCAAUAUUAUUAAAGUGCAAUUUUAUUGUAUACAGAAUAAAGUAGGAGCUGAUUUCACUCUCAACUCUAAUAGUCUUCCAACUUU